GACUGACAGAUCAGAUAGCGCACAGGUCAAACAUAUAUAAGAGCAGCAUUGCCUUUUAGGAGCUUAGAAAAGACUUUGGUCUCUUUGUUUGCCUCUUUCUAACACUACAGACCUCAAUGUGUAAAGGACUCUCCUACCUGCCUUCAUCAUGUCUGGAGAAGGCAAAGGGGAUGCGGGUGAAGUUAAGCCACUUGGCUGAAAACCACCACAAGCUAAAAGUUCAGGAUGGGAAAAUUCUGCAGGAUCUGGAAACUCUGCUAAACCACAAAAGCGGUCUGCAGGCCUUUCGCGACUUCCUGCGCUCAGAGUUCAGCGAGGAGAACCUUGCGUUCUGGUUGGCCUGUGAGGAGUACAGGGUCUCCUCUUCCACCCUGCAGAAGACCAAGGCCGGCAGCAUCUACAGCCAGUUCAUCAACCCUGACGCUCCUCAGGAGGUGAACCUGGAUGCUGAGACCCGCGAGGCUCUGCUGAGUGUGAUGGAGUCUCCAUGUGCCGACACUUUCAACAAGGCCCAGCAGAGGAUCUACACUCUGAUGGCCAAGGACUCCUUCCCUCGCUUCCUGCGUUCCCAGCACUGCAUGGAGGCCAUCAAGGCUUUCUAAACACGCCGUCUAUAACUACGGACCUGCUUUAGACAGAAAUGCUGAAGAAUCUGUUAUGCUUGACACGCUGAUUGUAUUCGUAAGAUUUAUUGUAUAGCUUGUUUCGUGAUCAUGUUAACCACUGUAUCCUGCAUGCCGUUGUUGUGACAUGAGUUAAAGCCUCCCAUUGUAAAAUCAUAAUUAUGAAGCUUAAAAGUAGAAGCUACUGCAUGAGAUAUAACAGACGUGUACCAGCGAAUUAAAUGAAUACCUAAUAAAAGCAAAGUCAUUAUGUAGCAGUGAA